AUGAAUUACCGUAGGGACUCCUAUCUCUUGGAAAAUCACACAUUCAACAACAACGAAGAACAUGACCAUGAUCUCAUGGACAUAGCAAUGGACAUGAUCAUCAACCCUUUCACUCCUUCCUCUUGCCCUUCUUUUCUCCCACCAGAAACCCUAAUCCACCUCCGUGAUCAAGAACUCGAGGAAGAGGAGGAGGAGCUCGACCCAGUCAAGGAGCUAACAUACAUGGUCGCGGCCAUGCAGCCAGUGGAUAUCGACCCUCUCAACGUUCCAAAACCCAAGAGACGCAACGUCUGUGUCUCGAACGACCCGCAGACCGUAAUUGCUCGCCGCCGCCGUGAGAGGAUCGCCGAGAAGAUACGUAUCCUCAAGAGGCUCGUGCCAGGCGGCGAAAAGAUGGAUAUAGCUUCAAUGCUCGACGAAGCUGUCCAUUACGCCAAGUUCUUGGAGCGAUGGAUCCGCCGACUUCAGUCCAUCCAUCCGCCGGAUUUCGGCUCCUCGGCCUCAGCUACAGCUGCAGGAGAUCAAGAAGAUGUUCCUCUUCGUUAG